UGAAAAUUCGUUGUUAGUUGUUGUGGACGCGCCCUGUUGACGUCUUGACCUGAUGAAAACUCCUGACUUGAUCAGAAUAGUGUCGGGGAAAACAGGUGAAUGUUUUCCACUCAAUAAUUCUGCAGUGUUUAUUUAUUCGUUCAGGACUCAUUAACUUGAAGUGACAGGUUCAGUUCAGGUGAAUUGCGUAAUUAUUAUUCCUGAAGGGAAAAGUUGAACACGAAAUGGAUACAAUGUUGACUCUGAUCAUUGACAGGCUACAGAGAGUUUCACCAAUCGGAAUGACCAUCGACCUUUGACUCCAAUAAAUAAAAGUGUAUUUUUGUUAUUCGUAAUAUCUGCAUUAUUUCCUGCGUCACGAAAGACGUCUCAGCACAGUUAUGAAUCAGCAGAGACCGUGUACCAGUCAAUUUCGACAGACACCUGGAGUUUUAUCAGGUGGAACUCCCUAUGCACCGGCAAUGGCAGUCUCGCAGCCCCCGCCGUUGCCUCCACGACGAAUAACAAAUUCGUAUCAGUCAUACGGUGGCUACAGGCCCGGGUUUGUGGGUGGAUAUGGGGGAUACAAUUCAUACGGGUUUGGGAGUAACCUGGGUUACGGGGGAUCCUACGGGGGAUACGGAUCGUACGGUAACUCUUAUGGGAGCCCUUACGGGAACUUCGGGCAUCCCAGUGGAGACGUGGAGAACCGAUUCGUUCAGUUUGCAGAAGAAAGCACCAGACCAGCAUUCCAGUCCAUUGAGUCAAUCGUACACACAUUCUCAUCUGUCACUAUGAUGCUGGAGUCAACAUUCUUCGCUAUGACGAGCUCCUUCAAGGCGAUCCUCAGCGUAGCAGAUAAUGUCGGGAGGGUCCGCAACAUGUUUGGACAGUUGCUCAGCACUUUUGCACUCAUUAGGUUCCUCAAAUGGUUGUAUAGGAAAAUUAUGUUUCAAUUAGGUUUAAGACCAGAUGAUCCAAACUCCGACGCAGUUUGGCAGAAAACUGUGCUGGAGGUGGCCAACGGUGAGAAAACUGGCCCCAGCACAUGGCCAAUUCUCAUAUUUCUGGGCCUCCUCGUGGGAAUUCCCUAUCUAAUCCACAAACUGGUGUCCCAAAACAUCCCCCAAAAUACUAUAAACCAGAACGAUCCGAAAGAGUGGUUCAAAUGCAAGGAGCCAGUGUUCUCGGCGACUGCAGCUUACGACUUCACAGCAGCUACUCCCGAGGAAAUGAGUCUAAGAGCCGGACAAAAGGUCUGGCUAGCCCCCGAGUCCCUUCAACCGAAAAAUCUCCCAGGAUGGUCUAAAGCAACUGACAGUGUCAACGUUGGGCUCAUCCCCUCGAAUUACGUGACUCUUGUUGGGCUCUUGAAGAAAAAAGCCGAAGUCGAAACUCUAAAAAUUCCAGAAGUGGAGGAGAAUAUGAAAGAGGACAAGAGCCUCGAUGAAUCCUUCCCAGAUAUUAAUGAGACUGAUGGCACAAAUACACAAUCACUCCCCGAGGAAUCUUGAACGCCUAAUGAAGGCUCCAGUGGAUUAUCUGUUGAACGUGUGGGUAUUUUUUAUAAUUUGAAAUUCUCGAAAUACAAAAAAAAAUUAUAAGAUUAUCGCAAUGAUCGCACCUGAUUAUUCUAGUGUAUCCAAAGGCUUUUUGCUUUACCAUUUUCUUCUCAAUGUGAGAAUUGAAUGAUAUAUAUAGGUGAAUUCAAUUUUGUACGUUCCAUUAAUGAAGAAUAAAUUGAUGAGUGACAGUGCUCGGGGAAAAUUAAAGAUCUUGAAAAAAAUAUCUCCAA